AUAUAAAUUUGCCAACCUCCUAAGGCUUUGGGUAUUGUACACAUGUAUUCCUCUUCAACUCAUGUGUAUCAAACGUUUUGUAUCAACUCAUGUAUUUACUCUUUUUGCAACUCGUCUCAACAUGGCUACAUGCUUCCACUCAUGAGUGAAUAAAAUGACCGAUCCUUAACUUAUACGUAGGAUAUAAAGGAUAAAGGAUUAAAAGAAUCAGAUCAUAAUAUAAUAAAAUUCAAGCACUUCCAUGUAUGAAAUAGAUACUUUAAUAAGAAUAAGGAUAAGCAGAUAAUUAACAGUAACAAUAAUUUGAACGUUAAAAUAGAAGAGAAAAAUCGUGAGAAAGAAAUGCUUCAACAAAAUAGGCAAAAUGUACUCAACACUUCUACUCAUACGCUACACACUGUACGCUAGCGCUACUACAACACGUUGGUAUCGGGCGGCUCCAUCUUCGCGGUGAUUGCGAUUCGGCCAUUCGGCUUACCGUUUUUUUUUUCUACUUCACCACUUGCCGAUGCAACCCACGGAACGCGAAAUUCAUGCUCAGUCUUCUUCAGACCACGACCAAACGCAGACGGCCAAACGCUCGGCCGCGUGCUUGUGCGUGUCCGCGCGUUGUAAUCUCGGCGGGGUUCGGUUCCCCACCCCCAGAAAAACAAAGCGCAAACAAACGAACAACAAAAAAACAACACCCCAACGCACACAUCUACAAACACACGCGUAAGUGUGUGUGUGUUUGCAUUCCUCCUAGAAGUGUGCGGAUGCGCCAGCCCGAAGGAAUAAGUGUGCCAGUGUGCAAACGUGAACGGGGUGGGCCAUUCGGGGGCCUUGGUUUUCGAGCAAACAUCGGCAAAACAAACGGCAAAAGGAUAACAUAAACGGGCGGGCUGUUUUCGCGUCACUUUGCUUUAUAGUUCUAGUUGUUGGUUCGUGUUUUGUGCUGCCCGCUGGCUGGCUUUGGUUGUUGCCGUCGUCGUCGUCGUCGUGGUCGUCGCGAAUAGUGAAACGAAAGAAAAAGGGGUGUGAAAUUAGCAAACACAACACCAGCGAUUUAUUUUCUUGAGACCUCUGCACGAGUAGGUGAAUUCCGUACCAUUGCGUUGGUCUUGCAAGGGUGCCCAACCCAACACAACUGAACGGUGAAUAACCCCAGCCCGGCAAAGCAACGAAAGCGUAAACUAAAGAUGCGAUAAUGCGGCCAUGGCACUGCGCGGCUGGCGACUGUUUGGGGUGGCCGGCACCAUACUGGUGUACGUCGGCGGCAUACUGUUCCUAUCGUUCGUUAGCCUGCAGGGACCGCAGCAGAAGCGUGGCGUACACGGUCCGCGCGGCUACGGCGAGUUCGAAACGGUCCGCAACCGGGACCUCGGCCUGAUGAGCAAGAAGCCACCGUUGCAGUGGUGCACCGAGCUGCACUAUCUCGACGCACCGGUCCGUGCGCCACGCAAACCACCCAAGCUGCUGCAAACCUUCCCGGGCCACUUUGUGAAGAAGUUCAGCGUGUACAGCUACCGUGGCAGUGGUAGCAGCGGCAACAACCAGAACCUACACUCAGCAACCGGCCACACGGUACAGACGGGACAGGCGAACGAUGGCACAGCCGCUGAUGGUCCAUCGGUCGUCGCGUCCGGUCCCGGUAGCCUGGGCAGUUCCUCGCAUCCGGUACGGCCUAACAGCGACACAUCUAGUAAUGGUAAGCUAGUGGAUAGUGAUAGCGUAAGAAAUGGUGGUGGUGUGGCGUGGCACGCGAAGGCACAACACUCGAAACCGGAACUGACGGCGCUCGUGUCAUUCCCGGGCAGUGGUAAUACCUGGCUGCGCUAUCUGCUACAGCAAGCGACCGGCAUUCUAACCGGUAGCGUGUACAAAGACUAUGGGCUGCUGAAAAGUGGUUUCCCGGCGGAAAGUGUCGCCAACACGUCGGUAUUGGUAGUCAAAACGCACGAAUGGGGCCCGCACGCAUGGGCCCCUUACACGAAAGCGAUUUUACUGAUACGUGAUCCAGAAAGGGCCAUUCUGGCGGAGUUUAAUCGUCAAUCUGGUGGUCACGUGGGAUUUGCCUCGCCUGAUCGCUACCGUAGGACCAAGGGUCGAUAUUGGACUCAAUUUGUAAAAAAUAAACUUUGGGCAUGGGAACAAACGAAUCUGUCGUGGGCGAAAAAUUUCACCGGUGAGGUAAAGCUAGUCUUCUACGACGAUCUGGUGGAGAACGUCGAAGGAACAUUGCGCAGUAUUUUGAAAUUUCUCAACUAUACGACGGAUGAGGAGCUGUUGGCGUGCGCGCUGAUGCGAAAGGAAGGUAUUUACCGGCGCAAAAAGCGCAUCCUUCAGUUCGACCCAUACAGUCCGGCAAUGCACGCAGCAAUUGACGAAAAGCGUGCGGAAGUGUAUGCAGCCCUCGGACGUUAUGACGCACAUUGAAAACAACAGAGGCUGUAAUAGUGAUUUAUGGUUUCGUUUCCUUCUACAUACAUUAGAUGUUAAUUUAACAGCUCUUCAACAAACCGACGUUGCGAAGAGUGCUAGAAAGAGGCCGCGCCUACUUUGCUCAUAAAGUAUUGUAUAAAACUUAAGUAGUAUGUUAAAUUUUGUAAGUAUCGAACCAAAGCUACCAGUAAGCAUGAAACGUGCAAAUAGUUUCUCCGCACCAAUAAGGGCACCAUUUGAAAGCUUCCAUUUUGCGAUGUUUUGAAGCAAAAGACGGAACGAUGUAAAGCGAUAGAAAGAAGAGAUAGAGGGAGAGAGAGAGAAAGAGAAAGAGAGAGAGAAAGAGAGAUAAAGAGAAGGUUGUGUUCACCUUUUUGUACAGCCAUAUCCUGUUUGUUACUGUAAUUACCGAAACAUUCUAGUCAGCAAGGGAACGAUCUUUUGUUUUGCCAUGUGGACGCAGGUGCAUCAGAGCCAAAAAUGUCUUAACGUAACCAAAGUAAAGUAACACGAUUUACCAACAACCAGUUAAACGGACAGGUUAAUUUAGUAACCAAUAUGACACAAAACACAUACAAACACACGAUUUAGAACGAACAUUGUAGACGCUAUAAGAAACUGGUAAGACUUUUAGAAACAACUUAGGAACAAUAGCUACAACCAUAAGCAUACAUGUAGGCGCACAUGAGGAGUAUUUGUUUUGUUUCUUAUAAAAAAAAAUGUAUGCAAAUUUUACUAUUCACCAUCACCAACACGAAGCAAACCAACGCCGUACCCGGAAUGGUGGCGAUAAUGAUAUAAUGACGAGGUGGAAAAAGAAAAGAAACAGAAAGCUCGCCAUGUAAAAGAUUAGUAUCCGGAUGUGCCGUGUGAAGGGAAGCUAACACGAUGUAUGAUAGCAUUGGGCAGGUGUAAACGAAUGUGCAUUAUAUGUAGACACCAGAGGUAAAAAUGGAAUAAACUUAUUUAGAAGUGUUCAAACCUG